GGGAGGUUGUCCCUGCCCCCCACCUCCGCCUCCGUGGGCUAGUGACGCCCCUCAUCCCGAGGAGGGAAAGAGCUGUCAGGUCCUCGGGCCGCGAGCGAGGUCUCCGGCCCUGCCCGUGGGGGAAGGAAGGGCUCUAGCUCGCCCCAGUGCUCGCGCCGCGACCAUUCUCAUAAAAAGAGACCUGUUGCUUCAGUGUAGAAGAAUCCUGCUGCCUGGAGCCGGUGUGGGACUCUUGGCACCGGAGUCUCGGAAAUUGUUACCUAAAGCAGAGAUUUCCUAACGGGUCGUCUUUGCGUUUUACAGCGUUUGCUGUUCCAUGGAGGAAGGUGGGAGUCAAUCACUUUGACAAGUCUCCUGAAAGGAACAGCAGCAGGAGUUGAAACCUUUUUCCAUUUGGUCUCGUGGCAGAGGCAGAGAUUGCUCCAGCAGCUCCACACAAAUAUGACGUGCUCACUAUUGCCCUCUGAACAGUCUUCUGGCACCUCUUUUUUGCCUGAAGCAAGUGCCUCAUGUCCUUGGGGUUCCUUCGAUGAAGAUGACUUGGAUGACUCCUUGUUGGAGUUUUCCGAUGGAGAAGAAGACGAUGGCCAUUUCAGUUUCACAGAGGAAGAGAUCGAGAUGCUGUUGAAGGAUGACGGUGGGCAUGAUGAGUGCAGAGACAGACGGCGUCAGACCCUGCCUGGUACUCCUCAAGGAAAAUCUUUGCGCAGCUUGGGACCAGCAGCUGUGACCCCUGGCUUCUUCAAACUACCUCAAUUAAGUACAUCAAUUGGUCAUGGACCAACUCCUAGUAAAUCAUUGAACAGACACUUUGUUCUUGAAAAGAAUCUUAUAAAAGUAACUGUUGUUGCACCAUUUAAUCCAACAGUUUGUGAUCCUGUGCUUGAUAAGAACAAGAUCGAUUCCUUCAAAGAUACGGAAAAACCUGCCUCCCUUGGGGAACAGACGAGAGAAGAUGACCUUCAUCCUAAUGAGAGUAAACGUUGCACUGAACCUGAAGGGGUCAGUCCUAGUAACUCUGCUUGGGAUGGGCUCCUGCUUUCUUCUCCUUCAAACAAUAACAUCGAACAAACUGCUUCUGAUAAAAAUAUAUCUGAAAGUAAGAAACCUACCCCUGUGUUCUCUCAGAUCUCCAACCAUUCAGAGGUACCUAACAGGGGAUCAUCCUGGAAAAAUAGUGGAUCACAUAAAUCAGGGUGUGAAGUGAGAAAUCCAGUUGUGUCCAGUUCAUCGAACCGACAUGCCCCUGACAAGGACCCCGGGGAGGUGAAAGUGGAGAGAAGACUGGGCAAAGUCAUUCCUGUCCUGCAGACCAGAACCAGGAUGGUUUCACAGUCAGAUCUAGAAAAAAAGAAGGACAUUUAUCUCAGCAAAGUCAUUGCUCAUAUAGAAGACCCAGGGGAAGCCAACCAAGGUCCCUUGGGAGAGCUAGAUACCCUGAUGGAUCAAGUGCAUAUGCAGAACCCAGACUGGCAGCAUCCUUCGGAUCUCACUACACGAAAUUAUGCCCGGUUCCGACAGAAACCUCUACAAAGAUACAGUCUGAGUCAGUGGGUUGACAGAAACAAGCGGAGCCACCACCGUUUCCAGCGUCUCCCAGACUUCUCAUACAGUCCAUAUGUUUCAUCCCAUCAACAGUGACAGUCCUUACCCAGGGUCCAGUCCAGAGUAGCAUCUUAUUUUCCUCUGCUAUUUUUGUUUGUAUAUUUUGAGUUUUAUUCUUCACAAGAUUUCUAUUUAAAGAAUUUGUCACCUUUUGGAGAUGUUUGAAAAUGCCCGUUACUGUCUUAAUUUUUUUUUUAAAUGAGGAGCCUCCUGAUUUGUGUCUGUCUAUACAUGUUACAACCUCAGCAAUGUAGUUUUUUUUGGUUUUUUUUUCUUUCCUUCUUUUUUUUUUUUUUUUAAUUUAAGAUGAAGGUAGCUCCCUUUUGGAGGCCUGCAUUAAGUCAGAGCAUCCAGUCUUAAGUAAAAUACAGCUCUAAGCACAGUGCACUACCCCAAGGGAAUCAUCUUCCAGUCUGCUGUAAGGAGGGUUGCUGUGCAGGCCACAAGCCAGUGUUACUGUUGAUGACUCGUGAAUGGGGAGAAAGCACUUUUAACAGCUUCUCUUUUUAAAUUUGAGUCUCUUGAGUACUUGUCAGUAUUUUAAGGUUGGUAAUUCAGGACAUUUAAAAUAAGAUGGAGUAGGAGAAAAGUCCUGUUGAAAGGAUAGGUUAAAAAUGUAAAUCCUCUCCUUUCUGUACCUGUAGCCGCCUUUAUGUUUUUUAAUUAUUGGCUUUUUUCAUUCUCUAUUAACUAUACCUUCCUCACAGUGUUUGUCAACCUUACACAUUUUAACUGACAAAAGACAGCUGACUAACCCUUGUUGAAUACUCCAUAGUCUUGUGACUAGUUGGUUUCUCUGUCCCUUCAGGGAUUUUUUUUUUCUCUCUCACUUCCAGUGACCACUCCGCUCCUGGAUUUUUACAGGAGGUGUUCUUAUGUCCUGUUAGAUGUAGAGACGCCUUUCAGAGUACCCUCUGCUUACUGAAGAACUUUUACCAGAAUCUUGAUGGGCCAGUGCCAUCUAGAUGUCUGGGAAUCUUCAGUUUUAUGAGCAGAACCCCAAGUUUAUGUGUUGGUGUUAUUCAGGGGCCUCCUUCCUGAGAAGCCUUUGGAGAGGCCCUCUCCCUCUCUAGCUUUACACUCUGGAUGCUAGGAUUUGGUCCGACUCUUUCCAUUUCAUAUCAGUCCUCAAGAGCAUCUGGGGAAGUUAGGGUGAGCCCGUGCAUCACAGCGCUGCCUGCUUUUGAGUACGGUUUGGUAUUCUAACCAAAGCUGAAGGCUUUAUGUCUGUAUUAGUGGAUGUCUUACGGGCAGCUCUAGACAUCAUUUUGGGAAGUUUUACAGUAUGGUGUCAUGCUGCUAUUGUUCCCUUUGUGAAAGUUACUCAAGAGUUGUACAGCUGCUCUCUGGUUCUUUCAUCAGUCUCAUUUUUUUAUGUGGAUAGCCCAUCCUAAAUAUUCUACUCCACUUUAGAAAAGUGAUUUGGGGAAGGAGGUUUGAGACAGGGUUUCUCUGUGCAGCCCUGGCUGUCUUAGAACUCACUCUAUAGACCAGGUUGACCUCAAUCACUCAGAGAGAUCCACCUGCCUCUGCUUCCCAAGUGCUGGGAUUAAAGACAUGUGCCACCACCAUUUGGCUAGAAAAGUGACUUUGAUUUAGAAAAAUCUUGAUUUUUUUUUCCUCCCCAAGUCUUCAGUGGGUUUGGAUAAAUGUUUCCAAGUGUUUGUUGGUUUUAUCCAGUCAAGGAUUUUCUUUCUUACUAAUUCUUUUUAUGUGUGUCGGUCGGGAGGGGUUGUUUUAUUUUUGAGACUGGGUCUCUUAUAUAGCCUAGGUUGGCCUUCAUCAAUGUACUAUUUAGCCAAGAUAAUCUUAAACUUCCAAUCUUCUUGCCCGACCUCUCAAGUACUGGGAUUACAGGUGUGUAUCACUAUGUCCAGCAAGAAUUUUCUUUUUUUUUUUUUAAACCCCAAGACAGAGUUUCUCUGUGGAGUCCUGGCUGUCCCAGAACUCGCUCUGUAGACCAGGCUGACCUCAAACUCAGAGAUCUUCCUGUCUCUGCCUCAAGUACUGGGACUAAAGAUGUGUGCUACCAUGCCCAGCUUUUGACUUUUUUCCCCCCAGCAAGGAUUUUCUACUUGUUGGUUUAGAUCCUGUGACUAGCCCUUCAAAGGCAGUAGUCUAAUCUCCUCUCAGUUGGCAUAAUUAUUGUUUACUUGUCCAAGAUGCUGUAAAUUAGCCUGAUAGGAUGAGAUAUGCCAAAUAGUAGUCCACCUUUGGAACCAAAACAAAGUUAAAAUUUAAUCUAGCUGAAGUAGUAGCCCCACAGAUAGCCAGGGAGUGAAAUACAGCAUUUGCUUAGGAGAAAUCCGAGAUGCUGUUCUUCUCCUGGGACUGUGGGGUUAGAGACUGAAUGUAUAAUGGGAGCAUUGCCUUUGCCAAAUCAGAUGAGUGACAGGUUAACUAGAAAAAUGUGACAAUCACAUUUCCUCUAGCUCAGAUAAUUCUGUUUUUCCACAGUGUUAGCAGCCUAAUUGAAUCUGUUGGACUGGGGGAGGAGAGCUGUUCUCUGCUGGUUAACAUGGCAUUCUUUAAGGCGAAAAAAAAAGCCAAAGAAAACUCGUUAUCUGGCAUGUUGGCCUUAAAGAUGGUAAUGGGCAGAGUCCAGACUUUUAAUCUCUGCAUAUCUCUUACAUUAGAUUUGGUAUUGGCCUCUAAGUUUUGUAUUACGGAUUAAAUUCUUGCUGUAUUUUUAAAUUUGAAUAAGGGUUAUGUGCAUUUAACUCUACCUAGCUUUUAUCAUCCAUGAUGACAUUCCUAUCACAGGGGUCUUGACAAAGCAAAGUAAAAAUUUGCUAUUUAAAUAGUUCACUUGUAAGUAAGGAGUCUGAGUAGCCAGUAUUUUGGCAUCUGAUACGGCCUCUGUACUUGUCUUGUUGUUGGGAUCAAUUAUGAAACUGAAGUUUGGUGCCUC